AUGAGUAUUUCUGGGGAUAAGUGGUCUAUACAUCAAUCAUCUCAAGUUCCCCCUUCUUCUCACCAUCCACAACCCGAAUUAUCUUCGCAAGUAAACAGUAUGCCUGCUGAAAACUUUAUGCAAUCCUUUACGUACGAUGGUCAAGCACCUCAAGGUCAAAUGCAUCAACAAAUGGCUGUCCAAUGUAAUAACAGUGUCAUGUUCAUACCACCGAAACAAGAAAUUGAUACGACACCAAAUAGAUCGCAAAAUCAAUAUCAAAGUUCUGUUUCAAUGUCUGCUCCUGUGACCCCUUCUACGCCUCGUCAAAAUGGUUCUCCAAUUGGAACUCCCAUAACGCCAGUUUCAGCACCACCCGAGUGUAAAAAUGAUAAUAGACCUACCAUUACAACAAACUCAUAUCACGCCACACAAUUCCAACAACAGGUAAUUAGGAAACGUAGGGACAAUUCUUUAGGAUUUCCUCCAGAUGCUGGUCCAUUCUUUUCUCAAACACAACAGCAUCACAACAUAUAUACUGAAAAUGAUUGGACAUGCUAUCGAAGAAAUUACUUCCAGAUUAGUAGUGCAUUUUCUGUGACAGGAACAUCUCACGCUGUUAAUGAAUCUGAAGUACCAUGCUUGAUAGAAGUUGAAGGUCAAUUUCAUACGGUCUCUCAUUUCUCAUUGGGUAUUUCUGCGCGUGUCUCCAACAGCGAUAAAAAAAUUGAGUUGGUUCAGCAUACGCCAAAACGUGACAAAGGACCACAAAUGACCCCUGUGCCAAAACCUAUUCGAGCGGGUGGUAACCUUAACCUAAGUUCAGUGGGAACAAAUACAAAUAUUGUUACAUUUGAACGUAUUCAAUUUAAGACUGCUACUGCUAAUAAUGGUAAACGCCGUGCUGCUCAACAAUACUAUGUAGUCAUGGUAGAUUUAUAUGCUCAUGUUGAAAAUGGUGACCCUUAUAGAGUAGCAACAGCAACUUCGGCACCUUUAGUAGUUCGUGGACGCAGUCCUGGACAUUAUGCUGACAGUCACGAUCGUUUUAAUCCAAUUGGAAUGCAUCCAACAUUCCCAAAUGAUGGUCGUCAACAUAUUGCUUUCCCCGGACCUAAUAGCGCCCCUGGUAUGAUGCCACCCGAUUUUAAUGCUCCACCUUUCCCGGGACCUUAUGGUCAGUACCCUCCAUUUCAAGGUUAUCCUCCUAACGGUCCAAUGCGAAAUGACGCUUUAUCUAUAAUGAUGUCGACUGGCGCGCCAAAUCCUGCAGCUCCCCAUUAUCACUCACAGCAUCCACAUUAUAUGGUUCAAAAUAUUCAUGAGGGGGAAAAUCCCAAUCCGGAAAUGUACAACAAUCCAAAUAUGGACCCAAAUAACAUAGAAGUUUCUACGUCAGCAGCACCUGCGACGUUUGCAAAUUUUGAAUCACGACCGAUUACGACGUCGGCUUCAGAUUCUCCCGCUGUUACUGGCGCAAAACCAUAUAUGAAAAUUGAAAUACCGCAAUCAUCUCAAGUACCGAAUCUACCGAAUCACCCGCUCACAUCUCCAGUUUUUCAUUCUCAAGAAUAUGUAGAAAGUUUCGGAAUGUACCAUAAUAAUGGCCAUCCUGCACAUGCAGCUGCCAUACACAGCGGAGGUUAUCAUUCAGAUAAUGAACAACAUCACAGCAAUGGACCGAAUAAACAAAAGGAUGAUACUCAACAAAAUUCCGAGAGUAUUCAACAAGAUCAGCCUAGUCCGCAGGUAAACGGUAGCGAUAAGAACGUUCAAUCUAACAAUAUAAAUACAAAUGAUAAAGGCACUAAAUCACCAGUAUCAGAGAAUGGGACCAAUGAAAAUAACACGAAGAUUAAUGCUAGAUCAAAGUAA